CCUGAAUUUCAGGCCAAGGCUCACUAAUUAAAAGAAAAUGUCCCAACGAUGGAUGAGCCGAGGAAACUGCUGUAGGGAGGAGGACGACUCGUUAUCCAAAAGGACAUGCUGCAGCACAUACAAUAAAAGAUAGCAUCUUUACCUCCUCUCGUUCUUCGAACCUCCCGAUACGAUUACGACAACAUCACAAAUGUCGGACUUCAGUCAAAAUCAAAGGGUCGCGCCGACCAAAGGCGCGACUACAACCAAAGAGCUCGAAUUCGUCGAGACCAUGUCGAAUAGUGCAGUCGACCAGCCUCAUGUACACGCCAAGAUGAACCCGAAACUCUUCGUCGCACUCCUCACAAUGUCGUUCCUCUGGAUUGGAUCUCAGAUUCCCCUUUAUCUGUUCGGCAGCGUGUUACCCCUGAUCUAUAGCGAUCUUGGCGGUGUCGAUCGCUACGUGUGGUUCAUCAUUGGGUACCUCAUUCCCUGUGCUGCACUCUGUCCUUUCGUCGGGGCUCUGUCCGAUAUCUUUGGCAGAAAGAUGGUGGCAAUUGUGGGACAGGUCCUGCUCAUUCUUGGGCCGGUCGUCACGUCCACCGCGAACACCAUGAACAUCGCGAUUGCGGGACAAGUCUUCUCCGGUCUAGGUGCCGGUCUGAACGAACUGAUCGCCCUUGCCGGAACCGCGGAUCUGGUCCCCGUUAACAAACGAGGCCAAUAUGUGGGAGCCGUGGUCUUGACCAUCCUACCCUUCUGCGCAUCGACACUCUACGCACAACUCAUCGCGAGAGAUAGCGACUGGCGCUAUGUUGGAAUUUUCGUCGGCGCCUGGAACUUCCUCGGCCUCGUACUCUGCAUCUUCAGCUACUCCGAUCCGCCCCGGAUCUCGACCGAGUACACUCGCAGUGACGUGAUGAAAAACGUCGACUACAUCGGAGGCAUUCUCAGCACCGUGGGUGUUGUGCUGUUCAUGAUGGGCAUGCAAUGGGGAGCCGAACAGUACGAAUGGCAAUCAGUGCAGGUCCUCGUCCCCUUCCUCCUGGGCGUUGUCAUCCUCGUCGCUUUUUUCGUCUACGAGUUCAAAUUCGCCAAGUACCCCAUGUGUCCGGCCGGGAUAUUUAGCAAAGACAGACGCACCAUGAUCUGCAUUCUUCUUAUCACCUUCCUGUCGGGAGCCAACUUCUUUGUCAUGCUCCUCUUCUACCCAACCCAAGUGUUCCACGUCUGGGGCCACGAGCCAGUCAGCAUCGGCUUGAGGACGUUGCCAAUGGGCUUCGGCAUCGUGAUCGGCGCCGCUAUUUCCCUCAUCCUCAUCCCCGUCACCAGAGGCAGAAUCAAACACCUCAUGAUCUUUUUCACCGCCAUGAUGACCGCUGGCACAGGAGCUAUGGCCGCCGCACGCACCGACAAUCUUCCUGCGGUCCUCGGCAUGGUCACUGUGGCAAGUCUGGGUGUUGGAGGCGUCAUCAUUCCAUGCUCCAUCAUCGCCCAGCUCAUCUGCCCACAUGACCUUCUCGGAACAAUUACAGCCAUCACUCUCUCGAUUCGCUACGUGGGUGGUGCGAUCGGGUAUACAGCAUACUACAACGUGUUCUACGACCACUUUACACCCGAUGCCACCCGGCUCGUGGCCAUCGGCACCAUUGUGCUCAAGGGCAUCGUCAACCUCGGCUCCAACCAAGAAAACCUCGGACUCAUCGAGGAGUUGACAACACUGGCGGCAAAGGCGCAGUUCGCUCAACUCCACGACGUGAUUGCGACGGAUUCACGAGUGAAUCACAAAGAUAUCGCAUUCGAUCUCAUCGUCGACGCCACAGAAGAAGCCAUGGCACUGGCGUAUCGGUGGCCGUACUGGAUGUCCAUUGCAUUCGGUGGUAUUUGUGUCAUUCUCGCAUUCUUUGUGCGAGAUAUCAGGGCGGUUUUGGAUGAAGAAAAGGAAAAGGUGCCGGUUGAGGAGAUCCACCACGGCGCACUUCGGUGAAAUCAACAGGGCCUAUUCAACAGGAAUCAUAGCUGGUGGGGAUAUCGAACGGAGAAUCAUGUCCGCUUCUAAGAUUUGCGAGGCUUUUCGGGGUCCUCUUCAUUCGAAUGUUCAUGUCUUCUAAUCUAUAAAGUAUAAGGGAGCCGUCUUGAACUGAUCGCCAUCACUAUUUGCCGUCCCGCCAGUCCCUUCCGAAUGGGCUCCUCUCUGGCGCGUUUCCUCUACAUCAUGCGCGUUCAUGUUAACUGUCAGGACAAGCCUCACACGGACGACUCGAAGACGGGUCGUCCAAGGGCUAUCCGUGUCCGACCCAGGAUACCGAUCAUCUUCCCUUUUGACCCUACCCGCAUCGUAUAUAGGAUAGGAGGCUCCGGCAUACCGGCC